AUGCCAACCGAAUCUUGGAAGCCCGGUGAUACUGAAUGGCUUCAUCCAUCUUCCCUCAAUACCACAAACUAUUCUAUUUCAAAGCCAACAAACGGUAUCAACUCUCACCUGUCCUCGGAAGUCAUUCGCCCAGUUGAAGAGAAAAAUCCAUGCCCAAGUCAGCUAUUGAUGAACUUGCAGCAAGUCCUUGCCCAGUCCUUUGCCUCUGCAUCAACCCCGAGUUCCUUGCUGAGGGUUCCACCACCACAACAGCUGUAUCAGUUUCUUCGUGCGUGUGUUGUAAACAACCCUAGCGAUAGCCUUCCAGACCCAACAGUUUCUGCGAAACAGCCAGACCCAAAUACCUCUCUGACGUCAUCAACUAAUAAAGACAAAGCCUCAUCUGCUGAACUUGCUGCUUCUGGUGUCUUCACCGUUCAAGAUUUGACCUUGAACCGUGCAACAGACAAAUGGGACACUUCGUCAGACCUGAACCAGUCUGACCAAAUUACGUUUGGUACUUUACCGAGUCCUUCAACUAACUCAAGUCCAACGGAGCCACAAUCAACCAAGUUUCACACUCCAACAGACUUACGCCAACGGCAUCCGAGUCAGGAUGUAUUCGGGAUGGAUCAUAUUAAGUCGGUAGAUGUAUCAUCACCAACGAAGACCACCGGCUUCAAAGCUAAUUCGGAAGUCGACUUCCAAAAGAUUUCCCAAGUCGGUAUUCACACCACCCCAAUGGACAUCCCCCAUUCGCAUCCGAUUGACCUUCAUCAAAAUCCCAUGUCAUUAUUUCCCUUACUGACUACAGCUUUCCAGCUCGGAGGAGUGUGUAGUCCGAUUUUUCUGGACCAAUACCAAAGGUUACAGCUGGAGCAAUACUAUAUGCUGCUCUUAAGGCAGCAAUAUUAUCAGACAUACCUUCGUAUGAUGUGCGCGACCACACAAACAUCUUUAGUACCUCAUCAACCAGACCCUUCCUCAUUCGAGAACGGCACAUCCUCGAGGCAUGCAUCAACUACUUGUGGGCUACAAUGGGGUUCAUUUCAACCCGGUGAAUCUUCUUCCAGCUCAUCUCCAACAAAGCCUUCAAAGGCUGCAUUGGGGACUGGUUUCGGAGAGAAGGCUUUGCGACGUGCCCCGUACAUUCAGGCGACACAGGUCUCGACGAUGAAAUUAGAAAAAAACGAACGCGAUUCUUUCCCCAAAGACGAUCCACUUCAACAGACUUAUCGUUGUAAACUCUGCAGUAAAACUUACAAUCAAGCAUCAGCCUUGAAAAUGCACGUCCGCACUCACACUUUGCCUUGCCGGUGCGCUCAUUGUGGUAAAUCAUUCUCCCGCAAAUGGCUGCUCAAGGGUCACGAACGCACGCAUACAGGAGAACGUCCCUAUGCCUGCACUGUUUGUAGCCGGUCUUUCGCAGACCGGUCAAAUCUGCGGGCUCACAUGCAGACACACCAGCGCGAGAAACGUUACAGCUGUCACCACUGUCCAAGGUCAUUUUCUCGCAUGGGGUUGUUAAACAAGCACCUGGUUCAGUGCACUGGUUCCAAUGGUCUCUGCGCGCUGAAAGGACUUAGUUCUCCGCCCCAACCCUCCUCAACUCCGAAACUAUCACACACUUGGUUAAACUGCAGUCUAUUCCGAGACAGCAAUGGUCCACACAGUCUUGUUAUUCCUCAUUGA